GAUUCUCCAUAAUAGGCUAUUUUUGCCGUUCCGGACUCUCCAAUUUUGUAUACUUCAAAACAAAGUCGCUCGUUACUAUUAGGUAUUUUUUAUACUAUCGAAUUUUGAUAUCGAAGUUAGACUUGAAUAUCCAGAACUCGUCAGAUCACCACAUCCAAAAAAAAAAAAGUUACGACCCUCCUUGUUUUGUAUCUAGCUCUUGAAAACAUUCCGUGUGAAGAUGCCCUCCAAAAAUUCUAGUUAUUACGACUACGACCCGUCAAAAGGGGCUGCGAUUGCUUUUGCCAUACUAUAUACAGCCAGUUUCAUAUACACAGUUGCCCAGUACAUAUGGCUCAAAAGCUGGUUCUGGUUGUUCAUGGUACUAGCAGCAGCUAUGGAAUCUGUCGGAUACAUAGCUCGAGUAGACUCAGUAUAUAACACCGAUAACAGAAACGCAUAUAUCAUCCAAUUUGUUCUCAUUUUCCUCGCGCCUGCGCUUAUGGCUGCGUCUUGCUACAUGGCAAUGGGCCGGGUAAUCCUCCACGUCACACCCCUUUCCUUCCGCAGCGUCAAGAACCUCUGGGUGCCACCCCGCUGGAUGACGCCCAUCUUCGUAACGUGCGACAUCAUCGCCUUUUUAAUCCAAGUAUUCGGCGCCACGUCCGCCACCUCCAAAGAUUCAAAGACUGUUCAACGCGGUUACAAUGUCAUGAAAGUCGGUCUGGUUAUCCAAUUAGUCUGUUUUGGAUUUUUCCUGCUCGUUUCUCUGAGAUUCUAUUUCGUUUCGAAGAAAUUUGAAAGUUCGUGGCCGGAUCGACAGUGGAAAAAAUUGCUGAUGGCGAUUAAUAUUGCUAGCGGGUUAAUCUUUGCUCGUUCGAUAUACCGAAUGGUAGAAUUCACAACCGGCUUCGAUGGAUAUCUCUCGGUCCACGAAUGGAAUUUCUAUGUGUUUGAGGCUGCGUUGAUGCUCCCGGUUUUGGUGCUGUUUAAUGUGUAUCAUCCUGCGAAAUUCUUGACAAAUGUCGGUUGGAAACAGCAGAAAGAAAAGUCGCAUCUUCCUUUGAGUGGAUCGAGCUUGCAAGAUCUGAGUUCGCGGUAUUGAGUAUUGAUUAAGGAUGAAUGUUAAUGGUUGAUUGGGUAUGAAUAGGUUGGGUAAAUACAUUGGCAUGGAUAGAGAGAUUCAAGAGGAGGAUGUUUGUUUCAGCAUGGUUUAUAGAUGUUGUACACUUAGGUUGGACAAGAUAUCGGAAUCACAUUGGAGAUUUCAGGUUUGGCGUUGAAUCUGGUUGAUGUUUCACGGCCUUCUAACAAUGCUUUCGGGGUUCGAUCAGAGUGUUCAAUAAUCCCUAUUAGUAGAUUAGUUGUGAGUAUUGUGGGUGUUUAAUAUCAAAAGCAAUUAACAAGUAUUAGACGUGGUGCCAAUCCUCUAAAUCAUUAUUCUCUUUGUACA